CUGAAUAAGAGGAGUCAUGUUAUCGGCUAAUAAGGUAUUCGCAGCGAGAUGUGCCCAAGAUACAUAGAAAUUGCCUAUGUUUGUUACGCCCCCUCCCCCACCUUCCUUCAGUGAUGAUCAACCGUCAUUUUCUUUUAUAUUGGUAGUGUAACAUAUAUUUCCAAAUAAAACAGUUAGUAAAAAUAAAUGGCAAAACAAAAUAAGAACAUAUAGAAGAUAAAAUCUUCCGUAACAAUACGUUGUCCUCGUUGUCACUGUGAUUACAGGUAAAAAAGAAAAAAAAAACGGGAACGACGAUAGUUAUUACGAAUUCAAAACUAAUACAGGGGAUAACUCGUAUUGGCAGGACAUGUCGCGGAUUUUGCGAUCCGUACAACUUUACAGCCUGCUGAGACUCAGAGAAGAGUUGUUACCACAAUCACACUUAAUGAAGGUGUAGUGCCGACGUAAGACAAUAAUCUAAAGUCUCUGCUAUGCUAUCUACAUUCAGUGAGACAAUGCUCUCGUAAACUUACACAACGCCAAGUUGACAAAAGUAAACAGUGAGGUAUUAGCCAGUCUCCGAUUCCUACAGAGCACUUGUUACUCCGUUUAUAACAGGAAGAUGGUCACGGCAUACUUUAUGUAACAGAAAUGUCAAGAGCUACACCUUCCAUAGUAUCUAGAACUGAAGGAGAUCCAGAGAAACUGGAGGCUAUGCCAGGAACCCUGGUAUGGGCCUGAUAAGAGCAACUCCAGUUACUGCAACACCAGGCAGUUCGGCAACUUCUCGGACUGUAUGAAGCAUGAAGGCACCUCAACAGCUGCCUUGGCAACUAGACAGACAGAAGCCAGGUUGGGUAGUAGAUCGAGAAAUGCAAGAUCGCCAAAGAACAGGAACACUUUUAACACCUGCAUCCAUAACUUGUGGAUAAUGUGCAUUUUAUUCCUUCACACUCAGACCUCCUCAACAGCUGGCCGUUUUCGCCUUAUACUGGCUGCAAACCGUGAUGAGUACUACAUACGCCCAGCUCUGCCUAUUCACUUCUGGAAAGAAGAUGAGACUGUAAUAGGAGGUCGUGACUUGGAACCCGGUAAAGAGGGAGGCACAUGGCUUGCUCUUUCAGCAAAGAAUGGAAAACUUGGUGCGUUACUCAAUAUCAUGAUGCCAGGCGGCGAGCAUCCCCCACAUUUAUUAGGAAGAGGUAGUCUUGUUGCCAAUUUUGUGCGUAAUAAUGUUUCCUGCAGCAAAUAUCUGCAAGAAGUGGCAGGGAAUGGUGCAAAUUAUCGCCCUUUCAAUCUUCUCACAUUACACUUGAGGAAAAAUGAUGCUGACAUGUAUGUGUAUUCAAAUGUUGGUAGUCAAGGUGAACCCAUUAAAAUAACUGAAAACUGCUUUGGAAUCAGUAACAGUGAGUUCAAUACUCCAUUCCUCAAAGUGACAGCAGGCACCGAAAGAUUUAAACAAAUUGUCCAGAACUAUGGUGAUAUAACAAACAAGGAUUCCCUAAUAAAUGAACUGCACAUUUUUCUACAGUGGAAGGAAAGUCAUUUUCCUGACCCUGUACUCACUGAAAGUGCCCCUCAAGUGACACCAGAAUUUCUAUUGCCACUAAGCUCAGUAUUCGUAAAGAAUAUGAACCGUUCAUAUGGAACAAGAGCACACAGUAUAAUUCUUAUGGAUGAUGAAGGGCAUACUGACUUUUACGAGUGGUCAAUGAAAUGCCCUAUUGAGGCUACCAAUCCUGUUUGGGAAUACAAUCAUCUAACAUGUCAAGUACAGUUGCAGUAAAUAUGAAAUAAAUAGAUACUUUUAUUAUUGUA